AUGCAGGCUCGUCAGGCCGAAACUAUCGCCUAUCAUGCCUUAGUCAACGAAGGAGGUCGGCCGUCACAUCCGCUGAGCCACCUGCGGAGCAUUGUCGCUUCACCUGGCCAGUAUCGCGACAUUUUGGCAUUCUGGCAAGACCAGUCAGAUGAGUGGCAGGUUUUCAGCAAGCAGUUAUCAAGAUGGCAGAUGUUUCGUGCGCACCAGAGAGCAUCUAGAGAGCCGGAACGAUUUCCUAGUUACAUUGAAGAGCUCAAUGAACGACUGGAGCGCCAUAACUUUGAGCUUCCUCACUCAUUUGCAAAGUCCGCAUCUGGAUUCAGCAGGCAGUUGGACAGACAGGACAAGUUAGCAACAUGGAUUGAAUACUUAAACUACGAAUUUACUAGGCAUGACGAGUAUGACAAAUGGCUUGAGACUUGCCAGCCAGGCUAUGAUGCAGCACUGGCCCAGCUGCUGGAAGCACAGGUUUUGAGGCCUUUUGAGAAGAUAAGGACAGCAACAACCGAUAUUUGCCGCCCAACUAGCAUCGAGAUCACCAAGAGAAGAGAAGAGCGCCGCAAAGCAGAAGAGGAAUGUGAGAAUGCAAAGAAGCAGAUACACUGGAGGAAUGCUCUUGGCAACCCCCAAUCGGAAGAGGAAGAUCGCCAGUUGGUGGAGGCUAGGGAACGAUUAAGAUCUAUCCAUAAACGGACCUAUGUUAUUGCUGAUUUUGCCCGCAAAACACACGCCUAUCGCUUUGCUUUGGAUAGAUCUGAGCGCCACGAGCUGCUUCUUCGCUGGGCGUUGGACCAAAUUCCUAUGAUUGAGGAAGAAAUCAAGCAGUUAAACACACCUAGCAGAAUACAAGACGCUUCUCAAGGACAUAGUCAGCCGACGAAGCCAGCGUUCCAUCGAUUUAAGCAACUCCCGCCAGAAAUUCGGUACCGAAUAUGGGCUGAACUGAUUCCCAAAAAACCAAGUGUGCACUUUUUCGAUGUCUUGAAUCACCAGCGCAAGCGCCAUCUAGCUACUUCCUGGUCGAGCGAAGAAUUCCGCGUGCGUGCCACAACAGCUCGCGACUCCGGCUAUCGACCAGUAUACACUCUCUUAUCGACCUGUCGAGAAUCGCGACGCAUUGCUCAAAUGUACUACACGCGCCAAUGGCAAGACUUGACGUGCGCUGUGACAGGCGCAAGGAUUAAAAACUGCGCUCACGCACCUGAUUUUCGCACGUUUGACUGGAUCCCCCCCGAAGAUUUGAUUGUCUUGUGCUUCCCACCAAUUCAAGUAACCAAGCUUCCUCCCGGGAAUGCCUUUACCCUUUCACCUGGAAUGUCACAGCCGGCAAGACGAAUUGGUGUAUGCGUACCAACGGAGAUUAUGAGCAUGCACAACCUUCACCCCGAUGAGGGCGAAGGCGAAGACGACGCUGCGCAAUUGUCCUUGAUACCAGAAUUCAUCGAUAAGCUUCACAGGCCCAUCCACUCUGACCAUAAGUGGGACGCUAAAUAUCGAGGAAUUUGGAAGUUAUAUCUGAUCGUUGAGGGGUGGUCUCCGAACCAUCUAAGUAUGCAGGUGACGGCGGGCAUCGACACCAACAGGGCGGUACACACGUGGUCCAAUAGACAGAUCAGCUGGCAUUCCCAAGCAGCAAAGAAAGACGAGCGGAAAACACAGUGGAAAAAUAUACUCGGAUCCAUAGACGACAGGUCGGCUCCGGAUGAGAAGAACAACAAGAGCAAUAAUAAUACUAAUAAUGGCGACGUUAAGCGUCGACUCUGGUGGCUAGGCUCGAACCGCCCAGCCCUGGGAUCCCUAAACCCCGAAGAUCUGGUUCAAAAAUCCCAAGCAAAGAGGCUUUGUGAAUUCAUGGAUACUCUAGCAGCAGAAUGCCAUUUACAGCCGUGGCACAAGGGCUUUGAAGGCGUCGAGGCCUUGGGCUGGCUCCAGCCGGCGGACAUGGAUACAGUCGCCCCUGAUUCAGGAAUUGGAACUAGGUAUUGGGAUUUGGAUAGAACGUUUUCGUGCAAGUUGAAGUAG